UUGGCAUUAAUCGCACACAAGCAUCACUGUCUGACAUUUCUUUCACAUUACAAAUCCAUCUCGGCGAAAAAGAAAUUUCGUGAAAAAGAUUCCGUAAACCUGCAAUUCAUCGAAUAAUUCUGAAAUUAUUACUGGAAACAUGUCACCAAACGCGAUUAUCGUACCACCCCCAAUAAUGUGGGCCCAACGAACCGACAUCAUCUAUUUAACCGUAACCGUAGAAUGCAAAGACAUCGAGUUCAAAUUCACAGAAAGUUCAAUGUACUUUAAAGGUGUCAGCACUAGCGAUGCAACUAAGACAUACGAAGUGACGUUAAAUUUCCUAAACAAAAUCAAUCCGGACAAAGUAAUAAACAAAAAUACAGCCAGAUGCAUCGAGUUCACCAUCACAAAGGCUGAGAGUGGGCCAUACUGGAACAGUCUGACGACCGAUAAAAAGAAGCCACACUUUCUGAAAGUAGACUUUAACAAAUGGGUGGAUGAAGACAACGCUGACGAUGAGGAAGGAGGUCUCCCCGGUGGAGAUAAUCUUAAAUUUAUGGAAGAUUUCGGUAAUUUGAACAAGUUCUCCGAUAAGAAACACUCGUUCGACGAUUUCAAUCCGGAAGAGGAGGAGGAUGAUUCGGACGACGAAAAUUUGCCGAACCUGGAAUGAGAUAGGAAUGCCGAAGAGAGAAAGAGAGAGAAACGAGAAUUUCUUUGAGGGGGGAAAAUGAUGAACCAAAAAAAAAAUUGAUUUUUUUCCCUUUCGUUUUGUAAUUCGAAA